AUGUAUGCAAGCAAGCGGCGUCAACGCAACUUCAAACGGUAAGGUUUGCUUCGUGUAGCGUGAAGGAAGGCACGGUGAAGACGGCUACCGUCCUGCCGUGCCGACCGAGUCGCCCCCGCUCGCACGGUGAGGUGAAGAGUGAGAGUUGCGUGCGAGUAUUCCGUGAGAUCGGAGUCGUUCUAUUAAUGGCGACAUGUCCUCAGGGUUUAUCCUCCUUUCGUGCUGAUCCCUCGAAUGAUUGGACGUCACGAAACAGUGUUCGUGUCCCCCAAAUCCUUUAAAAUUCCGCACAUGCUACAAUAUGGGCCAGUCGGCUGCCUUUGAGCGAUCGUCCACCGACCGCGCUCUUCGUUUUAUUAUUUUCGAAUCCCAAGGUCAUGACCCAGUCCCGGCUAUGGUCGAUUUUGGAAUUCGAGGACUACUCGAGAGCCGUGUCACCCGCUGUUACCGUAAAUUACACAGCUGUAAUGACCUUUCAAACAUCUUGAGUCCACAUUUUUCGCGCAUUCUGGCCCUCGUUCACCUGUGAAAUUAAAUAUCCGCAUCAUUGAGCAAAGUGUGACAUUAUACAAGGAUAAUUGCGGGUUAUUUAAUAUGUUCGUUUAGUGUCAGAGAGGUUGGCAAACAAGAUGGCCCCUCCAAUCCCAGUAAACGGCAUCGCGAACGGCUUAACGGCGAGCUCGAGAUCGUGGCCGGCCUUCUGCCAUACGACGAGAGCACGUUGCAACGGCUGGACAAGCUCAGCGUGCUCAGGCUGGCCGUCAGUUAUCUUCAGAUAAAGGCUCACUUUCAAGGUAUGGUCAGUUAGAAUAGCAAAAAAUGAAAUUUGGUUAAACUCACAAGACAUCUUAUGUAAUAUAUCUAUUUUGAAAUUCUAUAUCUAUCUUAUAUCUAUAUUGAAAUUCUCAAACUCCCUUCUACAGUAUGCUCAUCAAGUUUCCCGCACCAGACCUGCCCCUUCCAUCCCUACGCGUUGCCUCGGGCACCAUUAGGACCAAUACCAUCGAUCAUCGAAUCCAGAAGUGGGUCUGUGUUCGUGGAUCCCGUGGAGCCAACUUUUACCCAAAUCGCUUUACGAGUGAGUUAUAUAAAGCUAAUUGUUUUACUCUAUGACAACUCUUACCUUAUUUUAACUUUUCAGGCUUUGGGAGGCUUUAUCAUAAUUUUAAGCCUAGAAGGUGAAAUCCUCUACGCUAGCGAAAACAUCGAGUUGUACCUUGGAGUCCUACAGGUAAUAUUCCUUACCACAACGUCCUACAAACUAAUGCGAUAAAAUAGACUUGCUGCCGUUUUUGAUCAAAUUGUCCUUAAAACCUUAUAAUCAGUAAACUUUAGUAUUAAAUAAUAUCUUUAGUCAGACAUACUACACCAAACUGUAUUCGAGAUGAUACAUUCAGAAGACCGUGCAAGCCUUCUGGAAGGCCUCAAGAUAAUCCAAGGUGACAAUCUACAACGAGUUUUACCGACCAGAUUCAGAAGUCUUCUCGACAACACUUGUGGCUUCAUAGUAAGGUUUUAUCAUUACAUAUUUUCAUUUUUUAAUCUUUCAAUUUUAUAGUCAAGUUCCCAAACUAAAAAGUUAAAUUUUUUGUUCUGGAGUUUCUCUAUAGCCGGUUCCACAGCCUUGAUAUACCUGUUUAUUGUUUGAACCGGACAAGUUGCCAUUGAUAACACAAACUGAAAACAUAAAAGCAAAUUACUUCAGAGAACAGAAAUGAGAGGAAGAUUCGUGGAUCUGCAUGUCUCCAACCAGACUCAUACGAUGAGUGCAUUCAUGGCUGUCUGUACUCCCUUCGUACCUCCAAUCCAGACCGAGAUGCCCAUAGAAGAUCCCAUCCUUAAGUCCAAACAUUCCCUCGACCUGAGCAUCGUAUGUCUGGAUUCUCGACUGUCAUCUUUAUUUGAAGUCACCGAUGCCGCGAAUCAGAGUUACUACAGCUUUAUUCAUCCUGAAGACGCCGAGUAUGUGAUGGAUGCACAUAGGGCAGGUAGGUAUUCCUACGACUUCAGCUUGGGCAUUUGAGUGGAUCUGUCAUUAUCAUCUGCUUUAAACUAAUCUUAUGCCUUCAGUAAUCAAAAACACCUCUUCUGGUCUAAUGGUAUACCGCAUAGUCAGUCGAGUAACUGGUCGAAUCACCUUUGUUCAGAGCAGCCUCAGGACCUUCUUCAAGACAAACAAAGCCGACUCAAUUGGAGGAACUCAUAGAACACUAACGUGAGUAAUUCGAAUAUAUUAGUUAGUUUUCCAAAUAUAAAGUAGAUAAAUUAGAGAAAGAUAACUUAACCAUAGAAAAACAUGAAAACUGAACAAUAAAUGGACCAUAAGUUAACUUUAAUAUUCACAAUAGUAUGUUUUCAGUGAAGUUGAUGGAGUUGCACUAAUGGAGAAACGAGGAACGGCAAAAGAACUGUACCUGACCUUUGAUGAUACACUGCUACAGUCUCCACGACAGAUAAACUGCAUCUCUUCUCUGAACCCGUGCUCACGGUCUGCUCCAGCACGAGAGCACAAACAGCCCAAGCUGAUCCCACCAGUUAUGAAUCACAUUGACAGCCAACACCUCCCCACCGUGCCGCUUCCCAUGUUGACUUUGAAUCCGACACAACUGGCUGACAACUCGGUAUUCUUUCCUCCGCCACUCAUCCCGCUUACUGUAAGUUUUUUUUAUUUUUUAUAGUUUUAAGUAACAUAUUAUUAACUAGUGAUAAUGUAAUUUUACUGCUUCAGGUUAAUCAAACUCAUCAUGAUUUCAAUGGAUUGGCAGCCGUGAUACCACCUCAAAUGCACGAGAACGAAUUGCUCUGGCAACAAGCAUUGAAACCGUCAUUCGAGGCCACUUAUGCUGACAUAACACCUAGUUGCUACUAUACACAACGUAAGCUCACAAGUUAUUGCAGGAUACUAGCCACCCAUAGUGGCUCACAUUUGAACUGUUUGAUUUGCUUUUAUAAGAUAUUAUAGUAUAGCAAUCUAUAUAAAUUUCUUGAAAUACUUCAAGUUAACAUGCAAGAUAAAACUUUUUUUCAGCGUACAUUGACCCGAGUAUUCAUCCAGACAUCAGCGGAUCUCAAGGAUAUUACCCGCCUCCACACCUUCUCCAUCAUACACCUCAAAUAGCCAAGACAUACGAAACCGGCUCAGCUGAAUCUCAUGACGCUCCUUUCCUCACGAAUACCACGACGCGAUACUGUGAUAAUGCCACCGGCUUCGACCCCCACUUCAACGUUACAACGACCGAACUCAACCCGCCAACUAACAAUUUCACGUUCUUCACGGAAGUCGCACACAUUUUGGGUAAUACCUGA